AUGUCGUCCUAUGCUGCGGUGGGGCGUGCCUUUGCACUCCUCAGCGCUGCUCUCUUCGGUGGAGCUGUUGGAAUGCUAACACAGCGUAAUAGCAAUAUCAACAACAGCGGCAGUAGAGGUCAACUCCAGCAACAGCAAGAGGAAAACUCCGUUGCUGUUUAUCACAAUGAAUCACUGAAUACAUCACAGCUUUCUCCAGCUGCGCAGAAGAUGAUGAGUAAAGGUCUUCCCUCAGAUGAGAGGGUGCGUGUGUUUGAUGGAUUUAUUGCGAGUCUCAACUAUGAACGGCGGGUGCCUAAUUGGGUACUGGAGUACAUCCCCCCAAUAGACCCCACAAACAGAGAUGAUAAGGAAAAAGAAAAGGAAGAGGAUCCAAAGGCGGUACGACGAGAGGGAAUGAAAUUCUUUGCAGACCCAACCGUACCAGAACCAUUUCGAGUUCUCCCUGAUGACUACAGUGGUGGUAAACAAGAACAACAACAACAAUACACUCGAGGUUUGAGUCGAGGACACCUUGCCGCUGCGCAGUUCCACAAACGUACUGCUGAUGAAAUGGCCCAAACGUUUAACAUGAAUGCUAAUAUUGUACCGCAGGAUAUGACAAUGAAUGCUGUUGAUUGGCUUCGACUGGAGAAUCUCACACGGAAAUUGCGGCGGCACUACGAGGGUGGAUUGUGGGUAGUCACUGGACCUCUUUUUCAUCCACGUCUCGUACAUGGUGAACCCCGUUCAUGGGGAUGGGAUGAUUCCCGUCCUUCAUCUCCCAUAACUCCUAUUCACACAGAAAAUAACAAUAGUGAUAAUAACGCGAGUAACACACGAAAGGUGGUGUGCUACGAACUCGUUGGUAAGCAUGAUGUAGCGGUACCAACACAUUUGUUUAAAGUACUCCUUGGUGAACGGGGGGAUGGCAGUCACGAAAUUGCGGCAUUUUUAAUGCCAAAUGAACCUAUCGUUGUGGAGCGGCCACUUGUAUCUUAUCAAGUCCCUGUGCGUGAAAUUGAGCACAAGACGGGAUUGCAAUUCUUUCCAAACGUUAUCUCUACAGAUACUGUGAGAUCAGCGACAUCAUGGAGAAGGAAGGUCAACAAUAAUACCCAUCCACAAGUUUUAGACCCGUUGCCAAAUAUUUGUAGACGUUUUCAAUGUGAAGCACGCACAGUGGCACUUUUUCAAACAUACAGAAAUGUGGCCCGGCUGCGUGCGGCGCAAUCAGAGCCGGAACUACAAGAGGUACUUUUAACAAUAAUUGAGGAGCAACAACGUCAACAAAAAAAUUCAAACCCACAAGCACAAGUACAAGAAGCAAAAGAAUAUUGGGGCAAGAAUAAAGAAAACCUAGCAUUAGAUGCCGCUGUUGUAAAAGAAUAUGACGAACGCAGGAAAGAGCUGCUAGGACAAUCAGAGUUGUGA